CGCGGCGGCGCGACUGGAAGGUGGGAGGGGACGCACCGGCUGGCGGGCGGGGGCGCUGGGACUCGGCUGGGGCUCCCGCCCGAGGUUCCUGGAAGCGUUUGGGACCGCGAACCCCGGCGCGAGGAGCAAGCGAGCACGGGAGCCAACGAGUGCGGACUGGGCAGCGGGCGGAGCGGAGCCGCCGGGCGGAGCGGGCUCAGAGCCCGGGUCUCCGCGGCUCGGGACCCGGCGGCGGGGGCGGCGAUGUUCCACUGCAUCCCCCUGUGGCGGUGCAACCGUCAUGUGGAGACGAUCGACAAGCGCCACUGCUCGCUGGUCUAUGUCCCCGAGGAGAUCUACCGCUACGCCCGCAGCCUGGAGGAGCUGCUGCUGGACGCCAACCAGCUCCGCGAGCUGCCCGAGCAAUUUUUCCAGCUAGUCAAAUUACGAAAGCUUGGACUUAGUGAUAAUGAAAUUCAGCGGCUCCCUCCAGAAAUAGCAAACUUCAUGCAGCUGGUGGAACUUGAUGUGUCUCGGAAUGAUAUUCCUGAAAUUCCAGAAAGCAUCUCAUUCUGUAAAGCACUACAGAUAGCUGACUUCAGCGGAAAUCCACUGACGAGAUUGCCAGAAAGCUUUCCUGAAUUACAGAAUUUGACAUGUCUCUCUGUAAACGACAUCUCCCUGCAGUCCCUGCCUGAAAAUAUCGGCAAUCUUUAUAACCUGGCUUCCCUGGAACUGAGAGAGAAUCUUCUCACAUAUCUUCCUGACUCUCUUACCCAGCUGCGGAGACUAGAAGAACUUGAUUUAGGAAACAAUGAAAUAUAUAAUUUGCCAGAAUCAAUUGGAGCUCUCUUACAUCUAAAGGAUCUCUGGUUGGAUGGAAAUCAACUGUCAGAAUUACCUCAGGAAAUAGGAAAUCUGAAGAAUCUGCUGUGCUUAGAUGUCUCUGAAAACAGGUUGGAGAGACUUCCUGAAGAAAUCAGUGGCCUGACUUCGUUAACAGAUUUAGUCAUUUCCCAGAACUUACUAGAAAUGAUUCCGGAUGGCAUCGGAAAACUAAAGAAACUGUCGAUCUUGAAAGUGGAUCAGAACAGACUCACACAGUUGCCUGAAGCAGUUGGAGACUGUGAAAGCCUCACUGAAUUAGUUCUUACAGAAAACCGGCUCCUGACUUUACCUAAGAGCAUUGGAAAACUUAAGAAGUUGAGCAACUUGAAUGCAGACAGAAAUAAAUUAGUGUCUUUACCAAAAGAGAUUGGCGGGUGCUGCAGCCUCACCGUGUUCUGUGUGCGUGACAAUAGACUGACUCGGAUACCUGCAGAGGUGUCCCAGGCAACAGAGCUUCAUGUCCUAGAUGUGGCAGGGAACAGGCUAUUACAUCUGCCUUUAUCCCUGACCGCCUUGAAGCUGAAGGCUCUGUGGUUGUCGGACAACCAGUCCCAGCCUCUGCUCACGUUCCAGACGGACACAGAUCACGCCACAGGAGAGAAGAUUUUGACCUGUGUCUUGCUUCCUCAGCUGCCUUCUGAACCUACUUGCCAAGAGAACCUGCCUCGCUGUGGGGCUCUGGAAAGCUUGGUGAAUGAUGUCUCCGAUGAGGCCUGGAAUGAGCGUGCCGUGAACAGAGUCAGUGCAAUCCGAUUUUUGGAAGACGAGAAAGACGAAGAAGACAAUGAAACGAGAACACUUCUGAGGCGAGCCACUCCACACCCUGGGGAGCUAAAGAAUAUGAAAAAGACAGUGGAGAAUUUACGGAACGACCGGAAUGCUGCUAAAGGACUGGAUUCAAACAAGAACGAGGUCAAUCACACCAUUGACCGAGUGACCACUUCUGUAUAGAACUUCACCUGCAGGUUUUACCUCCCGUGUCUCCCCCUGCUGUUGAGAUGUUCCCGUGCCCUCUGGAGGAGCCUCACGCAGUCCUUGGUCUUCCCUGGAAGGCGGGGAGGCACGCGCCACCCCCAGGCCGCCUGCCGGGGUUGCUGCUCUGUCCACGGAUGUGCCUUACUGCGGUCCAGGCGCGCUUCCUUUCCUCCAGCUUCCAGUCGUUUGUCAUGAUAAGUAGAAUACACUACUGUAAACAUCUGA